CGAACUCGGAAAACACAGCAUAAACAAGGUGAUUUCAAAGCAGCUGUUCAGUCUUACCAGCGUGCACUGGAAAUAAGUAUUAAACUGUUUGGAGAAGAACACCAACGUACUGCUAACUGUUACUACUCACUGGGGGUAACACAGUAUGAACUAGGUGAUUUUAAAGCAGCUCUUCAAUCACACCAGCGUGCACUUGGCAUACGUAUUAAACUGUUUGGAGAAGAACACCAAAGUACUGCUGACUGUUACCAUUCACUGGGGUUAACACAGCAUAACCUUGGUGAUUUUAAAGCAGCUCUGCAGUCAAAACAGCGUGCACUGGAAAUACGUAUUAAACUGUUUGGAGAAGAACACAAGAGUACUGCUGACUGUUACUACUCACUGGGGUAACACUCUAUGAACUAGGUGAUUUGAAAGCAGCGCUUCAAUCUCACCAGCGUGCACUUGGCAUACGUAUUAAAUUGUUUGGAGAAGAACACCAAAGUACUGCUGACUGUUACCUCGAACUUGGAAAAACACAGCAUAAACAAGGUGAUUUCAAAGCAGCUGUUCAGUCUUACCAGCGUGCACUGGAAAUAAGUAUUAAACUGUUUGGAGAAGAACACCAAAGUACUGCUGACUGUUACUACUCACUGGGGGUAACACAGCAUAACCUAGGUGAUUUGAAAGCAGCUCGUCAAUCUCACCAGCGUGCACUUGGCAUACGUAUUAAAUUGUUUGGAGAAAAACACCAAGGUACUGCUGACUGUUACUACUCACUGGGGGUAACACAGUAUGAACUAGGUGAUUUGAAAGCAGCUCUUCAAUCUCACCAGCGUGCACUUGGCAUAGGUAUUAAAUUGUUUGGAGAAGAACACCAAAGUACUGCUGACUGUUACCUCGAACUUGGAAAAACACAGCAUAAACAAGGUGAUUUCAAAGCAGCUGUUCACUCAAAACAGCGUGCACUGGAAAUACGUAUUAAACUGUUUGGAGAAGAACACCAAAGUACUGCUGACUGUUACUACUCACUGGGGAUAACACAGCAUAACCUUGGUGAUUUUAAAGCAUCUCUGCAGUCAGAACAGCGUGCACUGGAAAUACGUAUUAAAUUGUUUGGAGAAGAACACCAGAGUAUUGCUGACUGUUACUACUCACUGGGGGUAACACUCUAUGAUCAAGGUGAUUUGAAAGCAGCUCUUCAAUCUCACCGGCGUGCACUUGGCAUA